GCUCGACUUGGCCGGGUCCCUUGACAAGUCGGAGGGCAGCAGCGGACGUGCCGGUGAGAGGCCGAGCGCGCCGAGCGAGGCUUGCGAUCGGUGGCGGCACCCAUCGCGGCUUUAAAGAUCCCACGCACACUGGGCUCUGAGCCUGGCACCUGAGUUGGAUUCCCAGCCACGUCGAAAACAUUCGCUGCGAGUGAUUAUCUAAACUCGGCCGAACUCACUCCCUUCAACCAAACAACCCGCACUGACCAGGCGGCCGCUGGCUCGAGUGCUCACGGGAAGAGCCGCGCGCUGUCACCGCGGGAGCCCGAGACGUCGGCAAUAGCAGCAGCAGCACCUCGACAUGGACGAGCAGCUGCUCGUGCGGCUCAACAUCUCCACGUCAUGUGUUCACGAGCCGCCCACCACGGGCGAGCUUGUCCGAGACAUGGACGCGCUCAACUGGGCGAUGAUCGUCAUCUUCACCAUCAUGACCACCAUCAUCACAGUCGUCUACGCUGAGGAGGUGCGCUACAUCUCCAACAAGGUGCCCUGCUCGCGCAGACGCAAGACGCUGAUCUGGGUCAACGGAGCCCCGCCGGUGGUGGCGCUCACCUCGUGCAUCGGGCUCUGGGUCCCACGCUCGGCCAUGUUCACCGACUUCGCCUCCUCAAUAUAUUUCGCCGUGUGCAUUCACCAGUUCAUGAUUAUGAUCAUCGCUGAGUACGGAGGUGAGGAGGCAAUGAUUACUCGCUUCAAGGGCAUCCCAAUAAAGACAAGCACCGGGCCCUGCUGCUGCUGCUGCCUGUGCCUGCCCAACACCACCAUGUCCCGGCGGACAUUGAGGAUUCUCAAGAUGGGGACGUUCCAAGUGGCAUUUUUGAGGCCGGUUCUUCUCUUUCUGGGUGCUGUGCUGUGGACGAACGGGAACUUCAUGCCGGGCGUGAUGACGGUGGACAACGGAUAUCUCUGGAUCACCAUCGUCUCUGGCACCGCCACUGUGUUAUCGCUCUACCCCAUCGGCAUCCUCUUCAACCACGCCCGCUUCAACCUGGCUAACCAAAAGAUCAUCCCCAAGUUCGUCCUCAACCAGAGCGUCCUGAUCCUGUGCCAGCUCCAAGGCUCGAUCUUCACCACGUGUGCCAACAUGGGCUCCCUGACCUGUGUGCCGCCAUUUUCCGCCAGGGCCCGCGCUUCGUACAUGCACCAGCAGCUGCUGGUGGUGGAGAUGUUCGUGGUGGGGCUGCUGGCUCGUUGCUACUACCGCAAGCGCUACUGGAACCGAGCUGGUGGACGGUCCUGAGAUUGAACUCCUCAAGGCAACGACGGAGACCAACGGGGCCACGGGAGAGGCCACCGCCAUCCAGAGGACAUAACGACGAGGCGAGAGACGACGGUGGUGGCAGAGAUGAUGUCACAGUCAAGAUGUGGACAAUGAAGUCCUUUUUCCAUAUCGAGCUCAUGUUUAGUUGGUGACAUGUAACUAACUGAACAACCGUCACUGGUAACUGAUGCUCACGUUUUUCAUCGCUUCACUUCGUAAUGUUAAUGUACAGCCGUUUUGUCUACCCACUGCUGGAUGAUGACCGCCCCCACGACUUUCGAGUCGUGGGGGUGUUAUUUGACCAUAAUUCGCCAUGCCGGUCAGUGCGGGUUGAUGAUGUACUUGUACGGCAGUUGAGCCCGCUGCUUUGUCCUCCUGCUGACUUCUUUCACUUUCCCUUCUCGCCCAAAUACUUUUGUAGUAUUCUCCCGAGCGCGAUCCGCGUCGAGCUGUAACACGGAAGAACUUUACCCGAGAGCUCGCCACGAGCAGCGCGCCACCCUACAAUCAAAGCAUGAUUUGUUUUGUAACAUCUCAUAGCCGGAAUUAUUUAUUCAAUAUUUACGUAUUUUUAUUAGGACCCAGCACGUGGCUUCGGAGCGCCAUACAGAGAAAAAAAAAACUUUAUUGAAUCUAACAUAUCAUAGGAUGUAAGUAGGGUUUUAGUUUCUUUAUAAAUGGAGAAUCUCAGCAGCCACAUGCAGUUCUUUAGGCAGAGCAUUCCAAAUAUGGGGGCAAAGAACCAAACAUUCUGGCGCUCCGAAGAGUUUUUGCCAAGUAAAAAGCAAAUUGAAUGUGGUGGAUCUUUCAUCCACUCGUUGACCGCGGGGAUUCUCCAUUCAUAAAGAAACUAAAGAGCUACUCACGUCCUAUGAUAUGUUAGAUUAACUAGAGAUGUUUGUUUUCUCUGUACAGCGCUCCGAACGAAGCCACGUGCUGGGUCCUAAUAAAAACAGAAAUAAUAAAUUAAUUACGCCGGCUAUGAGACAUUACAAGAAGAAAAUUAUCCUUUGAUUGACGUGGACGAUUAUUAUCAUUGAAGCAAUGACUUCUGACGUAGCCCUGUGACGUCUUCUUUAGAAAGUUUACAGCGAUUUGUAAAUCUUCGCGUUUUGCGUGCCACGGCGUUUUUUCCUUUAAGCUUGCUCAAUGUUUCGUUGGAUUCUUGUGGGUAUCCAAGCGCCACCGUUUCGCAAGAUGUCGAACAUCAAACGAAGAGGUUUACAAGCGUUUAUAGCAAGGGCGUGGACAGUUUUACUCAACCGAGGUACGAAUAACACACGAGUGCAAUUUGGUUGGGUCACUCAUUAACGCACGCCUGAACAGUUUGGAAUAAUUACGUGAAAGUAACCUGCGUGUCGACCGAGUGUAAAGAGGCUAUUGAAGUGACUGAGAGAAGUGGCUAAGAGCACUAACAUUUGAAACACAGUGUUGUUGCCAUAGGAUUAUAAUAUUCACAAACAGUGCCCGAUUAGUGCGGCUAAGAUUCUUGCAGUGGCAGGGGUAAAUACCACUGGUCGCUUCAAAGUGGCAGGACUUCGUGUAUUCAUGGGCCGUGUGAAACGAAGUGGCGGGUCAUCUCUGGCCCACGGACCGUAGAUUCCCACCACACCUGGUCGACCGGGGCUGGCCGUGACUGGAUAGAGGUGGGGAUGGGUAGAGGAGCCGGGAGUGCAGAGGCGGAGCCAGGAUUUUCAGGUAGAGGGAGGCAACCGCUCCAGCAAUGAAGUAAGGACUUGUCCCCGGGCGCUUCUGCAGCCAUCAAUCGAAGGUCGAAUUCUAACCAUCUGUGAUCGUCAUCGCGCUCGCUGAAGGUGAAUGCCUUCAGGGAAGUCGUGUACUCUAUACGCAACUGCGCACAAUUCUGAGUCACUUAUAUAACUGCGUUGUUGUUACUUAUUGCCAAUUAUGGACUCAGACUAUUGUCUUAUCAUCUCAUAGAGUCCCUGGCACGUAAUAACAUGCAACACGGUGGGAGUGGGGGUCGCAAAAUGCCGAUUUAUUACUAAUAAACCCCAAUGAUCCGAUCGAAAUUAAGGGUUUCGAUCGGAUCAUUGGGGGGGCACGUGCCACCCCCCCCCACCCCCCACUGGCUCCGCCACUGCGGGAGUGUACGCGGAGUUUUAAGGCCCGGGAGACGGGGAUCAUUGUGAUGGACGUGAAGCUUAGCGUUAGUCAAGGAGCAAUUCUUCACCCCCGAAUGAUUCCAUGAAUUGUCACGAUUUGGGGUCAUCAAUUGAUUGAUCAGAGUGAAUAUAUUUACUGUGCACACCAUUCUUAUAACGCAAUGUUACAUCUAUAAAUGCGAUGUGUGUUUACAAACGGGCAUCAUCUGUCAGUACAGGGUGAUAGCUUCCGAUAUCUGACGAGGUUUCUAGACAACCGACUUGUCUUUGUCGAGACAAUAUACAUAUCGUAUAUAUAUAAAAGCUUCCAUGAGAGUAAAAUACAUUUUACUUCGAAGAUAUAUUUUUGAGGCAAGAUCGAACUUUCCUGGUACGCCAGCUUGUGCAGCAGCCAAUGGCGUAACGAUGCAUCGGUUCGUCUAUUUAUAUCGAUUAUCUGAGCUCUCGAUACACCAACGAGGUCCCUGCGAUCUAUCGGAUCGCCGCCUUCGUACUUCGAGGUCAAGGCCCAUCUCCUGUCGGGGUGAUCGGCUAUUGCGAGUGCACUUCCCAAGAUUUGUACCGCUUUGCCUUUGCUAAUUAAGGCAGUCAGAAUCGUUAGAUAUAUUUAUGUCGGUCUUGAAUACUCAUCUCUUUAAAUUGGCCUCUAUCCUAUAGUUUCUGGCCCUUUACCCUGCAGAUUCUGCUUAUUUCCUUAUUUCUAUAAAUGGUGGCGCAUUGGGAUCUACGGAUGAAAUGCGCCUUGCAAAUGUAAAUUAUUAAUUGUGUGCAUACGAAUUGGUGUUGGUCUUUAGACUAUUGGAGUGAACAAAGCUUGAGAAGUAAUACAAAUGAGCCAGUAAAAAAACAGGAAAAGAAUGAUCGAUUUCUGGGUCUAUUCAUCACCUCGAAUCAGGAAUCUUUAUGCCUCGAUCAUAGGAAGUGUAACUUGCGAUAUUCAAAACGUUUAGUGUAGUACAUUUAAUUGUCUUAUCUGU